CGGGCCCGUGGCCGCGGGGAGCACACCGAAGGCGGCCGUGGCACCGGAGGAAGUCGGCGCUUGGGCGGCCGCGCCCCGCCCGGGAGGGGAAGUGAAACCGAAAUGCGCAGCAGGGAGGGGCGGGCGCGUCGGCGCGGCCUCGGCGUCCGCCGCGGCUCUGCCCGCAGCCGGGAUGUCCCAAACGGCGCCGCAGGGCCCGGAGGAGGAGCAGCAGGGGAGGGCGCAGCAGCAGGAAGAGGCGAGGGGCAGCCAGGCGCGGCGCAAGAGGUGGCCGGAGCCCGCGGGUCGCGGCGGGAAGAGCCAGGAGCGGCAGGAGAGGAAACGGAAGAGGUUGGAGGCGCAGCAGCUCCAGAAGAUCCAGCACCUCGAGUCCUUCUAUGAGAAACCUCCCCCUGGGCUAAUUAAGGAGAAUGAAACAAAACCAGAGGACUGCAUACCCGAUAUGCCGGGCAAUGAAGGUGCCCGAGAAUUCCUGGCCCAUGCCCCUACAAAAGGGCUUUGGAUGCCUUUGGGAAAAGAAGUCAAAGUCAUGCAGUGUUGGAGGUGUAAGCGUUACGGACACAGAACAGGAGAUAAAGAAUGCCCGUUCUUCAUUAAAGGCAACCAGAAAUUGGAACAAUUUAGAGUAGCCCAUGAAGAUCCAAUGUACAAUAUAAUAAAGGAAAAUAAACGGCAAGAAAGAGAAAAGAGGAUACAGCAGCUGAAGCAACUCUUGGAGGACUCUACCUCAGAAGAUAACAGUGAUACGGAUGAUGAAGACAGCAGCAGCUCCACUUCCUCUGAAGGUAAACACAAGAAAAAAAAGAGAAAGAAGGAAAAGAAAAAGAAAGAAAAGAAGAAGAAGAAAAAGAGAAAGCGUAAGUCAUCUAAAUCCAAUGAGAAGUCGGAAUCCGAUUAACAGCAGUCACCUGCUGCAUGCUCCUUGACCUCUUCUGGUGGAGCAAAAGGCAAGAUCCAAAGGAUGAAGAAGAAACCACCAGAAGGAGCUUUAUUAAACUCUGAAUGUACAGAUGAUACAUAUGACAUCGUACACUGGCUGCCCAUUCCUGCCCCUCUGCAGCCAGAAGAGAACUGCAUUAAACAACUCUCCAUCAACCAUAUCUUUAUGUAAAACGUGUGCUAAGGGUCAUCUGCCUUGGUCAGCUUGGGCUCUGCAUUGCCACUUGUGACUGUGGCAGGAAACAGCGGCUACCAAGGUAUUGCCAACACACCUGCAGCAGGAGCAGGCUGUCUCUUGAAGUGUCUUUUCUCUGUGAAGUUCUUGUAUUACAGAGCACUGGGAGUUCACUUCCAGCGCUCAUAAGCAGCAGGUUGUACUGUAUUGUUUUUUUGCCUCUGCCUACAGCCUGUGUGAAUUUUGGUGUAUUUGUCCUAGUACUGGCAGCUAGGGAAUAAAGAGCACUGCUGAAGGGGAGGAAGGUUAAUCAAGGGGAUGUACUUAGAGACAAAAUUGCAGUGUUAAUAAGACUUGGAGUUGGUUUUGUGUGUAAUAAACUUUCAACAUCAUCACCAUUAAUACACACAUUAAUACUGCAACACCUGAAGCAUUUCUCCAACCUGUAGGAGUGGGAGCUGAGUGUAAAGAGGGAGUGGGUUUAGUGAUUUUAAAAGGGGGUUUCAUGUUAAUAAUGAAAAGGAUUCAUUUCUACAGACAUUUUAGUAUCAGUUGUGUUGAUACAUCUGAGGUUUUUUUCCUUGGGGAAAUAAAUUCCACCUUAUUUUUUGUUUACUACCAUUAUGUGCUGAAUCAUCCCACAGGAAUACAAGUGUGUAAGGCUUUCACAGUGGUUUUCAAUAUGGGCAUGUAAACCACAGAACAGGAGUAAAGAACAUGUAAAGCAGGAGGAAGGAAAAGUUGUGUCUACUCAGUUGACCUUGUGGGCUGACCAUGCUUUUAUUCUAACUAAUCUUGCAGGCUCAGUUAGAAAGAUAGAGCUAGUUCUGAACUGCAUUAGGGUAAGCAGCUCUUUCUGAAACCUCAAGGUGCAGUGGUACAAAGCUGUGAUUUCAGGACUGAGGUGAGAUACAGAGUGGUAGUCUGCUAAAGGAGGAGGAGAAACAGAUUUGCUUUGGAAGGAGUAGGAAGGACUUGCAGAGAAUUCAGUCUCUGUGCUUAUGCUUACAUUGAAAGAAAAAGAAAGGCAUGAUGAAGCUCUAACAUUAGUAGGGUGAAUGUUAACACUGACAUCAAGGGACCAUAGAGGAAAACUCAUGGAAGAUGAUUGGUUUUUUUCCUCCCGAGAGCUUUGGAAGAGAUUACAGGGGAAAAUAUACAUUAAAAUGUGUUUUCUCCCUCCUACAUGUCUCGCGUCAUUCAGUAAAGAUGAACCCCUAUUCCUUGCCAGUCAUUCACAAUAUGUUCUGGGGAAAAACAAGGUAGUCAAAAGCUGCUUACAAAAAGAUGCUUGUUCCCAGAGCUUGAAUGUGGAGUUGUGUUUUAUCCUCCAGUAUUUUAUAGCAGAUCUCCCUGUGGUGGGAUAUACUGGUGACUCCUGAUAGGUCCCUAUAUCAGCAACAAGGUCAGAGCUCCUGGCUCUUCCACCAGAAAGAGGUUUAACAGCUGAAAUGACCAUCCUUGUCAGAUUUCAGCAAAAAUACUGGCAUGUCUUCUAUGGCCAUGAAAUUACUUGGGGCUUAUAGUCUUGUUGACUGAGAUGGCAGUGAGUCAGCCAGGGGAAUCUGAGGAUUCCUUUUUAAGCCAUGUAUGUGUUUUUCUCUCAGUUAGCAUGUGGUAAGUGGGGAGAGGGAGAGGUGCCAUUGACUCUGGUCUUCCAUAGUUUGAUUUUCAUGGAGACACCUGUAAUUAAUCUUUUCCAACAUAAGGCAGUAGACAGGACAUGGUAAAAGGGAAAGCUUUAUGCCAUCCAGGUGCUACCAAAUUGACAUUUGGAAUAGAGAAUUAGAACAUGGCAAGCCAAUGUAAGACACCAGCUCCACUUCAGUGGUUGCAGCACACCCACUUUGCAACAGAGGUUUUAGUCAGCUGCAAAUAAGGAGUCAAACUCAGAGUCGCAGUCAGUCAGUCUGCCCAAACCAACCUCCCAGCCUCAGAGGCCUCUACCUCUGGUGUGCCAAGCAGCAAAUAGAUUCUUCAGCUGCCCUUCAGAGGUGCUGCAGGAAGCAUGUGAAAGCUUCAAAGGCAGUGCUGUACUUGCCACAGUUGCACAGUCGAUGCUGCCAGCACUGGGAAGCUCAGCCUCAGUGAGGACAAAAGCCUGACACGUAUGUGUGUCUGUAAAGUUAAAUCUCAGAUAUCCCUGUGCCUGGUUACCUGGCUGAAUAAAACCAGCCUGGACUUCCAAUUCACAGCCUCAUAAAAUACAGGCUGUACUUCACAGCCUGCCUGAAGCAUGGCUAUUUUACCUACUGGAAUAUUAAAUAUAGCUGUAAACCAGUUGACUUAAGAUGCAGUCCAUAAAUGAUGAUGCUGCUGAGUGGAAAAAAAGCCAAGUAGAAGAUCUAGUUUUAAGGUCACAGGACUAGUACUGUCCGAGUAGAAUACACCACAUAUAACAUGAUCCAAGUAGUAUUUCUGGAGCACUUGAACAUUCAUGCCUACUACUUUAAGCAUUGGUAUGGAUACAUAGCAUGGGUACACUACAAGAUUGAGGAAUUAGUUUAAAAUAGCAUUUGUUUUCAGACAAAGAGGUGUCUAAACACUCCUACUGCUGCUCCCUCGCAUCUUCCUGGGAGCUGGCAUCACCAGAGCCUAAAUUGCUUCUUAUGUCUGAGUAGAAAAUACACUGACUACUGCAAGACCUGUGGAAGGAUGACUAGCAUGAUCUUGGGAGUACCUGUGAAGUAUUAGCUAUUACCAGAGUGCCAUUUAACUGUGAGGUCAUGAAUAUUCCUUUAACUGUCUCUUGCUGCUUGUCUGGUAAGUCUGUCAGCAGAACUGGCUUAGUACAAGGCUAUGCUCGAGUUCAGGGAAAAGAGGUCAAUCCUUACCUAAGAAUGGUCUUCAAGUUGAAGAGAUUCUACCACUGAUUCUCCCCACCAGAAUCAAGUCUUCCCUCCUCUAAGAGCAGCACAUUCCUGUAUUAGAUGUCCGAGAGCAGCAGUCCUGUUUUUUCCAGACUAUUAAAAAGCUCCAUGCUGGAA